AUGUUUGCUUGUGUGGCAGAUGUACUGCCGGCGCUAGCGCACGCUGUCACCGAUCGGUUCAAGUUCAACCGGUUUCGCCUCGUCGACACAAAGUCGGUCGCGCCUCAUCUCGUCGACUCAGCGGGUCAACUCGACUUGCGCGCCUCCACUGAGCCCUCUUGGAUGGCCUCACUCCUUUCACCCUCUCCCCCCCUCUCCCUCUCUCUCUCUCUCUCUCACUUUCACCCUCCGGCAGAGAAGCAUUUGUGCGCAAAUCUGUAUGCCCGACUGGAGUCUGGCUGGGCUCGUUGCUGA